AUGACUCUAAACUCGGUUGUUGCUCUCUCGCCAACGUCGUCGACGUCCUCCUCUGCUACCGGUUCCGGAGGUAGUGCCGUCGUCAAUGCAUCGCGUCUACGGGAAAACCAGCGGCGUAGCAGAGCCAGGAAGAAGGAGUACCUGGUAUCCCUAGAAGCGCGUUUCCAGGCAUGUCAGAGGACUGGAAUAGAGGCAAAUGUCGAGAUUCAGGUCGCAGCAAAGAAAGUUGUUCGAGAAAACAAACUGCUGCGAGCUAUGCUGAACAGGCGUGGAGUGACUGAUGCUGAAAUCAAUAAAACAUUGAAAGAAGGGGGAGAGGGACCAGAUGAAGGAGAAAGAGAGUCGGCUGUAGACGAGGUUUUAAAGGUGCUAGGGAAACGACCUUGCGGUGGUGAGCCAACAACAGGAGGGGCCGCCAUGCAAUGCAAGCCCUUUAGAUCUUGUGAGGGGCAGCAAAGAACUGCAAACGAGCGACGCAACUCCACCGGAAUGGUUGCUACGAGAGGUGCGGAACGGGGAGGAGGACGAGGAGCCGUAAAUGGAGGAGCCCCUGCGCUAGUUGUUGCAACAUCAAAACUUUCUCCCCCGCCUUCACAGCCGCCACACCAACAUGCGCCCUCCAAUUACCCCACGCCUACGUCUACACCAACAACCGCCUCCGUUUCAAAGUAUCCAAUCCCAACAUCCGCUCCUCAACUAAACGAUUUCUACAAUUACAUCUCUUCCACGCAAUCACAGUCGUAUAUGGCUUCUCCGACAAUUUCGUCACCCUCCCCACCAUCCUACAACUCAUACGAAAUGACCCCCACCGCUCCUACCCUCACUAACAAUUCUUCCUGCUGCCCCCAACCUCAAAACUCAUUCUUCCCUACUUCACAACCCCAGUGCGCCCCACUAAGAAUGAUCCCAUCUUCCAUGCCUACUUGUUGCCCUCCACAGCGCACUUUAUAUGCCACCGCACUGCCUUCUACAUCUUGCUCUUCCUCCUAUCAAGCAGCAUCUAUCGCAUCUACCACUCCGUGUCACCUUGCACAGUCAUUCAUCCACCAAUUGCAUCCCGGCCUGCCAGGCGAGAACGCUGCUAGUUUGAUCGAUGAGAUCUGUCCAUCUGGCAUAAUGCAGGGUGGUCAGUGCCAUGUCGACAACUCCGUACUCUUUGGAGUACUAGACCGAAUCUGA